CUGGACCUUUGGGGCCCGCGCUGAGACGCGCCGGGCUGCUAACGCGGCGCUCCCUUUCGCGCUGCCCCUGAUUUCCCCUUCUCCCCUACACCUCUUCACUCUCUGCCCCCUCCUCACCUCCCCGACAUCCCCUCAGGCCCCACAGGCUCCUUUCCGGCUGAUUCCCUGCCUUUCCUUCCCGUUCACCUCUGGGUCCCGUGCUCCCUACCCUCACGUGAAGUUGACCAUGACCACCAUCCCAGACUGGAAGCUACAGCUGCUAGCCCGGCGCAGGCAGGAGGAAGCAGCAGUUCGAGGCAGGGAGAAGGCAGAGCAGGAGCGCCUUUCGCAGAUGCCAGCCUGGAAGCGAGGACUCCUGGAGCGCCGCCGCGCCAAGCUUGGCCUGUCCCCUGGGGAGCCUAACCCGGUGCCUGGGACUGCAGAGGCUGGACCUCCAGACCCAGAAGAAUCUUCUGUCCUUCUGGAGGCCAUUGGGCCAGUGCACCAGAACCGAUUCAUACGGCAAGAGCGGCAGCAGCAACAGCAGAGGAAUGAAGAGAUGCUUGCUGAGAGAAAGCCUGGGCCUCUGGAGGCCAGAGAGCGGAGAUCCAGCCCUGGGAAUUCAAGAGACCAGAGCCCCAAGGGAAGAGAAUCAAGAGAAGAAAGGCUAAGUCCAAGGGAGGCCAGAGAGAGGAGGCUGGGGAUAGGGGGAGUCCAAGAGUUGAGUCCCAGGUCUUUGGAGAUCCGAGACUGGAGGCAAAGCCCAGGAGAGAUGGGAGACCGGAGCUUGAGACUGUCAGAGGCUCGGAAGUGGAGGCUGAGCCCUGGAGAAACUCCAGAAUGGAGUCUGAGACUGGGAGAUCCUGGAGAACAAAGUCCCAGGAGAAAAGAGGUGGUGGAAAGUAGACUUAGCCCUGGGGAGUCUGGCAAUCAGAAGUUAGCACUGACAGAGGCCCAUAAAUGGAGGCCUGAUUCCAGAGCUUCUCAAGAACACAGUUUGGUACAACUGGAGGCAUCAGAGUGGAGGCUGAGCUCAAGAGAAGAAAGAAAAGACUGCUUGGAGGAAUGUGAAAGAAAUGAAGAGAGGCCAAUUCCAGGGACAGCCCCAGAAGAGACCACAAGACUAUCAGAGACCCUGACAAGAGAGGCUCAAGACAUCUCCAGAGAUGUAGAGACAGCAGAACAGAGGCCCAGCCAUGUGGAAGAUGGUGAGAGGGGCUCAAGGUCCACCGAAGGAUGGAAAUGGACGCUGAAUUCAGGGAAGGCUCGAGAAUGGACACCCAAGGACACAGAUACUCAGACUCAGAAACCAGAACCUCCGGAGUCUGCAGAAAUAUGCCUGGGGCCUCCUAGUAUGGAGGCUGGAGAAGGGGAGCCCGAGAAGGAGGCGGGGGCUCAGAGCAGGCCUCUGAGAGCCCUGCAGAACCGCUGCUCUGCACCCUCCCCCCUCCCACCAGAGGACUCUGGGACUGUAGGCUUGAGACAGCAGGAAGAGGAAGCAGCAGAACUCCGGCCCCCACCAUCAGCCCCUCUAUCUCCCCCACCCCCAGCCCCAACUGCCCCCCAGCCCCCUGGGGAUCCCCUCAUGAGCCGUCUCUUCUAUGGGGUGAAGGCAGGGCCAGGGGUGGGGGCCCCCCGCCGCAGUGGACACACCUUCACAGUCAACCCCCGGAGGUCUGUGCCCCCUGCAAGCCCAGCCACUCCAGCCACCCCAGCCCCAGCUGAUGCUGCAGCCCCUGGGGCUGGGAAGAAGCGGUACCCAACUGCCGAGGAGAUCUUGGUUCUGGGGGGCUACCUCCGUCUCAGCCGCAGCUGCCUUGUCAAGGGGUCCCCUGAAAGACAUCAUAAACAGCUCAAGAUCUCCUUCAGCGAGACAGCCCUGGAGACCACGUACCAGUACCCCUCGGAGAGUUCAGUACUGGAGGAGCUGGGCCCGGAGCCCGAGGCCCCCAGUCCCCCCAGCACCCUAGCGACCCAGCCCGAUGACGAUGAGGACGAGGAGGAACUGCUGCUGCUGCAGCCCGAGCUGCAGGGCGGGCUGCGCACCAAGGCCCUAAUCGUAGAUGAGUCCUGCCGGCGGUGACCAUCUUCUGACAUGGGGACGUACUUCCCUCCUUCUCAGAACUGAAGAUCCUAGAGCCCGGAUGAUCCAGAGCAGACAGACCCUGAAAAUGAGCCUGGCAGGAAAGGGCAACCAACAUCUUCCAACUUGCUUUCCCUAUCCCGUUUCUGGAGGCAGAGCCAAUUGCCUAGUUUCCACCCUAUCCCCAAGGUCCUUUAGUGUGGGUUAGGACAAAUGGGCUGGAGCAUUCUUGGUGAUCCAAGAGUAAGCACCAAGAACUCACUUGGGGUAGAUAUGAGGCAACCAACCCCCCUCCAUCUCCAUGACAGGGUACACUCCUUACCACACCCUUCCUUGACUCUCCACCACUCACUAGGAACCCUUAGGAUUUAAGCACUCAUCUUCCUGGAAGGUCUCAAUUCCACUCCAUUUACAGAACAUCUUGCUAUCACCACCAUCCCUUCCCUGGGUCACUGCCCCUUUGUUUACAGCUCCUGUCUCCUCUCUUGACCACAGCCUGGUUUACAAAUCCCACCAGCUCCCAGCCCCACCUGCCAAGUCCCAGGUUUACAAGUCACACCUACUUGCCCUUCCUCUGCUGUCCCCUCCAUUUGUCUGAGAGUGACCUGGAAGUGUGGCUUCCUGCACAUUUGCUCAGUAUUAUUGUGUCUCAGUAUUCUCCAAGAGGGAAGGCUGGGGAUCCUAUCUCUGUCCCCCAUGUGAGUUAUUUAAUUCUGUCCCUCCUAAUGGUUCACAACUGAAUUGAAUUGCAGUGGUGUGGGGGAGCUAAGGAAGCACUCCCCUCGCCCAUUGCUCUUUCUUGCCUGAUUUGUUUUUUAACUUUCCAUAAUAAAAUGGAGCUCAC